CACGCCGCAACCACAUGCUCGUUGUUGUUCCUUCCUUUGAUUGGUCGGUGGUGUUUGCAGAACGCGAAUGCGCCAAAACACAAACAAACACAGAGCAGCAGUGCACAGUGUUCAGGAGGACUUGCUGCCAGACACCAUGGUUCAGGUCGCAGCCAUGCGAAUGCCUUCCCAUCUGUUGCUGGCGGCGGCUGUGGUGGCUGUGGUGGCUGUCUGCAGUGGCAGGUGCGAAGGCGCAGAGCCGGGCCUCCAGUGCAAGCUUGAGACUGGCGUGAUCAUCGGCGCAGGCAACAUCGACGUCUUGCAGGUAGCAAGCGCGGACGCGUGCUGCAACGCAUGCAAUGCCAACUCGGCGUGUAUUGCCUUCACCUUCGACACCAGCACCCACGCCUGCUUCCUCAAGGAUAACCUGCGUGACAACACCACGCAGAGUGACCGCAUCAGCGGCACCAACGGGCGCUCGCCCAACGACGUCUUCUACGCUUGCCAGGGCAAGUUUGGCAGCCUUCGCUUCUGCAACACCAGCUUGCCGCUGGACGCCCGCCUGCAAGACCUCAUCUCCCGCGUCAAGCUCGACGACGUUGGUGCUCAGCUUCGCGCCCGCCAGAGCCCACAGCUACUAGACAUUGGCGUGCCCGCCUACUACUGGGGCACAAACGCCAUCCAUGGCAUGCAGAACACGCAGUGCCUGCCGGACGGGCAGUGCCCGACGUCGUUCCCCGCACCGUGUGGGCUGGCUGCCACCUUCAACAUGUCCAUCGUCAAGGAGAUGGGGCGUAUCAUUGGGCGCGAACUCCGCGCGUACUACAACGGCCAAUUCCACAACUCCCUCGACACGUGGAGCCCGACGAUCAACCCAUCUCGCGACCCGCGGUGGGGUCGGAAUGUUGAGAGCCCGGGUGAAGAUCCGCUCGUUUGUGGACUGUACGGCAGUGCAUACACGCAGGGCCUCCAAUAUGGCGACGACCCCAACUACUACCAGGCCAUCGUUACACUCAAGGUGCUGCUCUGUGUCGAAACUAUCUUCGGCGCGAACAACCCUGGCGGCAAGCUGCCCGUCACCAUGUACCCGUCAACAUAUGUAGAUGACAUUGACUUCCUCAACAUGAGCAUGACGACGGGGCCGGGUCGCAGCUACAAGUACUACACCGGCACCCCGCUCUUCGCCUUUGGCUUCGGCCUGUCGUACACGACGUUUAACUUGACCUGGUCACCGGCGCCUCCAUCCGGCGUGCUGACGUCACCGCACGCCACAAAGACAUACACGUGCAAAGUGACAAACACGGGCCGCGUUGCUGGCGACGAGGUGGUGUUUGCGUUCAUGAAGCCAAAGGCAGCCACCAUCACCACCCUCGGCAGCGACACGCCCGUCCCAAUCAAGGUGCUGUUUGCGUUUGAGCGGGUGUCGCUGGCGGCGGGCGCAUCCACCACGGUCCACUUCAACCUGACGACGACCAUGCUUGGGCUUGUUGACAACGAUGGCCAUCGUAGCGUGCACAACGGCGACUAUGAUGUGGAGCUGACGCGUGGACAUGGUGAGGAGCUGCUCACCACUGUCACCGUCGCCCUGCCCGCCGCAAGCCACCCGCACCGCAUCUCAACCUUUCGCAAGUGGUGGUGACAUGCGUUGUGAUGUUGGGUGUAUGUAUGUGAUGUUGCGUGUGUGCAUGUGAUGUUGGGUACGUGCAUGUGAUGUUGGGUGUGUGUUGUGUUGUGUUGUUUCGUGCAGUGUUGUGCGCGUCAUUGACAUGUCUCUUCAUCCAGAGAGUUCUUGCAUUCUUACUCUGACAUGUUCUCUUGCUCUCUCUCGUUUGCGUUCUUCUCUGUAACACCCGAGCACACCCUCCCCCUCCUCCUGCGUGUUGGACGUUUGGUUCAUUCAUAUUCAACACAGCGCGUGCGAUACACAAUACGCAUGUGCGUUUGCAAUGAAUGUGCAAGUUGACACCUGCGUGGUGCGACCCAAUGGCGAUGGUAACAUAAUGUGAUGUAACACGGUGAUGAUGAAGAUAAACAGGACCAGAGCGA